AUGCUCGGUUCGAAAACGAAUCUAAACACGAUGGGUAGGCAAAUAGCAGUAAAAUCCUCACGAAAAGUUGUGAAAUUGGACGCACGAAACCAUAAAGACAGCACUCACACUAAAGAAUUCAGCUAUGAUCGCGUGGUAAAAGAGUUGAAAAUAUACAUAGAUGAAAUAAACAUUAAAGUAGCAAAACUUCUAGGUCACAGCAUUGGGGGAAGAACUAUGAUGACGUUCGCCCGUACUAAGCUAGACAUGUUUCACCAUCUUUCAAGAUCUGGUCGUUAUGUGCAUCUCUCCUUACAGCCUGAGUGA